GCGUCCACUUCCGGUUGGGCAGAGAGCUGGAAAAAUAGCAACGGCCGAGGAGCACAGCUGGGAAAGGAGGAGGCAGGCUGGAGCUAAAGCGAGUCGCUGUGCAGAGGAAUGGGCGACGUUUGAUCAGAGAAGGUUCUCUACAAACCAGGAGAGACGUCAGUGAGUCAUGGAGGACUGUGGUAGCCUCAUAGAGUUCGAUGUACCUGAGUUCAGCAAUACCGUCCUGAACCAGCUCAAUGAGCUCCGUCUCCAGGGCAAGCUGUGCGACAUCAUUGUGCACAUUCAGGGCCAGCCAUUCCGAGCCCACAAGGUCGUCUUGGCCGCCAGUUCGCCGUACUUCCGCGAUCAUUCAGCACUAGGCACGAUGAGUGGCCUCUCCAUCUCCGUAAUCAAGAGCCCCGAGGUGUUUGAGCAGCUGCUCGCCUUUUGCUACACUGGCCGAAUGUCAUUGCGCCUACGUGAUGUCAUCAGCUUCCUCACGGCUGCCAGCUUCCUCCAAAUGCAGGCUGUGAUUGACAAAUGCACACAGAUUCUUGAGGGUAUUCACUCUAAGAUCAGCGUCCCUGUGCCUGCUGGGAUCGAUCCAGAUAACGAUUGCACCACCUCAAGGGCUGGCCGCAACGGUGUGAAAGACGGAGAUAUCUUUGUAAACCCCACCCAGAUUUCAGCACGCUACUAUUCUCGUCAGAAUCAUUGCGGGGAGGGGCGAAGCUCAGGUAAGGGAGCGGCAGAAGAGGGUCAGUCAGACCGAGGGAGUAGCGACGGCAUAUCCGAGCAGGAGGUGUCCAUGGAGGUUGAGUCCGAACAAGUAGACCUCAUCGGCAAGGAUGGACAGGUAACCGAUGUCCAUAUCAAGCUGGAGAAAACGGACCGGCCCAACUACUCCGAUAGCUCGUCGGCCGGUGAUGACGGCUACCACACAGAGCUGGUGGAUGGUGAACAGGUGUUGGCUGUCAGUGUGGGAUCAUACGGGCCUGUGCUUUCCUCUGCUGGAUACACUUACUCUGCACUACCUUCCUCCUGUUUCGUCAGCCUGAGUUCCUCUAGCCCAUCUCGCUCCUUGCUCAGCAGCGUCCGGGGUGGUCGUGCCCGACCAAAACGUCCCGUGCCUCUUCCAGCCGAUCUGCUAACUCAGCUCAAGCCUGGUGCCGCAGAAGGAGAUCCACCUGCAACGGCAACUACCUUCGAGAACGACGUAAGGGAGAGGAGUUUCCGCGGACAGUGGAACCCCUACAACGAACGCCUCAUCUGCAUCUACUGCGGCAAGUCCUUCAACCAAAAGGGCAGCCUGGACCGUCACAUGCGUCUGCACAUGGGCAUCACGCCCUUCGUCUGCAAGUUCUGCGGCAAGAAGUACACCCGCAAAGACCAGCUGGAGUACCACAUCCGUGGCCACACGGACAACAAACCCUUCCACUGCCAGAUCUGCGGCAAAUGCUUUCCCUUCCAAGGCACACUCAACCAGCAUUUGCGCAAGAAGCACAUGACCUCUGGCACAGAAGUUAACAAUCACACUGACUUGCUGGGAGAGGCACCAGAUGGCCAGAGAGCGGCGCAAGAGGAUGUCUCCGAGGGCGAAGCAGCCUGCGGAGCAGCUUACCCCGAUGAUUUGUCAACGAAAACCCCCAGCGAAGAAAGUGGCAAGUGUAGUCCGGAAGAAACCCCUGCAUCCAAACCCCUGCGUGGAUACUGAGAAUAAAGUUUUCCAUUUAUUUGGUUGUUUGUCCUCCUUAUCUAAUAAGGAAGCAUAAAGGGUUACUCUUUUCGUGAUUAAGCCCAGCUGUUUUUAAAGAACGACAAGAAAUAACCUGCCUUGCGCAUUUUCUACUUGUCCAUUUUUUGGAAGUUCUACACAGGACAAAGAUCGAGAGAAAGUUUUUAAGGAGUUCUGCAAAGGGAAGGAGUCCUAUAAUCGGGGGAAUUAAAUAAUCGGAGAGGAGGUCUCUUUAAUCAAGGCCUCCUAAGAGUUUUAUCACGUUUUUUAUAUAUAUCUAUAUAUAUA